UGCAGAGCAUCUCAGUCUUCUGUGCCGAAUUCUGGUGAAGCUAGUAGUUCAAUUCCGAUGCAUCCUCAACCGCUUAAUGUGGCCCCCAUCAGCUGGUAUUCAUCGACACCAGAUAUCAAUGCUGGUUCAGUCUCAGUUGAAGCUAUAACUUUGCCGUCCAAGCGUAGCAACUCUCAGCGGCAUGCUGGGGGUCAGCCUGCAGUGGUUUUUUUUUCUGCUUAUCCAGCCAAAGAGGAGUGGGACAAUCUUUUAAAUCAUGCUAACGGUGGGGUUGCCCUUACUGGAUCGGCUUUGUAUGGAAAGGUUGGGCCAUUCAUGUGUUCAGUUGAUAUAGCUAAAUCUGAAGAUGCUUAUGUGUUCCGUGUUUCACUUCCCGGUGUUGCUAGGGAUGAACAAGUCUUUCGCUGUGAUGUUGGACAAAAUGGGAGAAUUCUCAUAAGAGGGGUGAGCGUGACCGGAGAGAGGAAGGUUCGCAGGAAGAAUAUGGUCUUUAAGAUGCAAACUCAGAACUUAUGCCCACCGGGUGAAUUUACUGUUUCAUUCCAGCUACCAGGUCCAAUUGAUCAUCUAAACUUGUCUUGCAAUUUUGGACCUGAUGGGAUUUUUGAAGGCGUUGCGAAGAAAAAACAGCAGGUCCUUUAAGGUCCAGUGAAAUAUUUAGAUCAAAAUCCUUCAUCUCUAUGGUAGGGAGAAGCCAAAUUUAGAAGACCAGGAGCAAUGCUGCAGUUGAUUCUGGGA